AUGUGGCCGAUGCUCCUUAACAUGACACAGGACGAAUGUCGCCUUACACUUCGUAGACUCGAAUUAGAAGCCUACUCGAAUAUGAUCAGUGUGUUCAGAGCACAAGGAGCAUUGGAAGACAACAGAAAAAAGCUAUUGGAAGAACUGCGCGCCGUUUUGCAUAUAAGCAAUGAUCGGCAUAGCGCUGAGGCGCGCCGCGUGUCCAAUGACGAGCUAUUAGCAACAAUUGCAGAUCAGUUGUCGGGUCCAAACACAGGGCUAGGAUGGAUCAGCGAGGGUCGGAGAAGAGUGCCUCUGAUACCAAGAGGUAUCGCUCAGACUAUGUAUACAGAGAUUGCGGAUAAAGCUGCUGAGGCUGCAGCUGCUGAAAAUAAAGAAAUUCAAAAGAGGCUUGAAGCUGAAAGACUUGUAGCGCCUAAAUCCAAUGAAGAGGAAAUGCCAGAUGCUGAAGGUCAAACAGCUGAAAGUGCCCUUAACACAAAUGAUGCAGCUAAUGAGAAUUUAUAUCCACCACUGGCUACGGAAGACCAGACUACUAAAAUAUGGGAGUCUGAACUUGUUAGUCGAAAGAGAAAAAUCCCAGAAGGAGGUGUAAUACCAGAUGAUUCAACUAUUCCAAUGAAAAACAUGCGAAACAUACCUGUUAAUAUGAAUCAAAAGCAUCUCAAUCUGUCACAGAUCUAUUCUAAAUUCUCACAACCUGCCUCAAGUAAACCUUCAGGACAGUCAAAACAUUCAUAUAAUCAAGUAAGCAAAGUAUCUACUAGUAAACCAAGUCAUGGUCACCCACGUUCUCACCCACAUAAGAGCCGACCUCACAAAAGUUCUAAGAGUUCACAUGCCGUUAUUUCUAAAUCUCAGAUGAAAAAGCAACAAGAAUUGCCAAUGUCUCCUAAUAAGCAAUACAAUCCUUCUACCUUACAAUUGGAGUAUUCUGGCCCUCCAAACACUUUUCAAGCUAGUUAUGCUCAAUCUAUAUUAGGUAAUAAAACGAAGCCCGAUUAUAUGGAUGAGAUAAAACCUAAGGUCCUAUCUUCUCCGGGAAUGGUGACAGAUUCACCAACCAUGCAGCUACUUACACAACCAGCGACCGUACCACACGAACUCGAAGUUUCAGAAAAUGCGCAUCCUGACGACCCUACGUCCUUACAGGCGCAAGGCACGCCUGUUACUAAACAAGCCAUAACUGGAAAACCGUGCCAAUUUAUAAUAAAGAACCGCGGUGAAUUGAGCACAGAUAAAAAAGUACAAAUGUCAGAACUAAAAAUACUACAGAAGCCCUCAGAGGGCAUAAAGCUUUUGUCUAAUAGACAAGUAGUUGUUGCUCCUAGCUCUGCUCAGAAAGCUUUAAACACACCUGGCAAGCUAGUUACGACGAAAGUAAUCGGCUCAAUACCGAAGAAUCGUAAUCCUCACACACCGCUAAUGACAGAUAAAAUGAUUGUAGUGUCUAAGCCAUCAUCAGACAAUAAAAGCUUGCCAAACUCAAAAGUAAUAAUCACUUCAGCCAUCAGCACGCCUCUCCGGGAUGGUCCGCCAAUUAGUACAAACAGUAUAUCAAACAAAUUAACAGAAACACUCACACCUAAAGGUAUUCCAGCGACUGACUUAAAAGUCUCAGCUAAAGCAGUAGUUUUAAAUCCUAAAUCAGGCCAAAAGAUGGUUGUAUUACCAGCUAAAGCAAGAACGAAACCCGGUAAUGAGGGACAAAUACCGUUAAUACAUUUCAAAGGCAUACCCACUGCAAUGAAAUUAGUACCAGUUAGUUCGCAGUCGAUGCCACAAAUCACGAAAUCGCCUGCAAUGACAGUGAUGUCUAAACCAGCUACAGUUAGUUCAAUCCCAUCCAAUGCCAAAAUAGUUGGCGUAGAACCAAUCAAAACUGCAAAUUUAGCCGACAUCGUGCCUGUUAAAGGGUUAGCACCCGUAACUACACCUAAAAUAACCAAUCCUAUCGUUAGACCGUCCAGUGCUAAAGGCAGCGUCAUAGUUGUACAGAAAGGGACGACACUUAGCAAAGCUUUAACAUUUACAAAAAAUGGCAACGAUAUGUCUAAAGUUAUAAUGGGCAAAAAUGUUAAUCAACUUUUACAAGCGUCGAAAUCUGACCAAACAGAUGCCUCUAAAUGUGCUGGUAACGUUAUUGUUUUGGAACUGAACAAUGAACAGACGGGACGAACUACAACAAUGUCAGAAAUAUUGGAUAGUCGAGUGAGUAACAUGCCGCGAGUGGCCGAUGAAGGUAAAAAGUUAUCUCAAAUCACACCAGAUACUCCAGUGUUAUUCGAUAGUCAAAUGACGGUAGAAACGUGUAAUGCGAGCAGCUUAGAUUCUACGGCUAGUAUAGGAGAAAUGGUUCCUAUGGAACACACGAGUUUGUCAUUAAUCGAAAAAGGUGACAGAAAAACUAAUUAUACGAAAGAAAACGAAGGUGUCAAGGACUCGUCGAGUGUCACGGAUUGGGAAAUGGAACUAGACACUGUAUCGCGAAAAGGAAAAGACGAGGACAAACUGAAUUCACUACAUUUAGACUUAGGUAUGUCAAGCGAUAGCGACAGUGAAUACAUGCCUAGUCAUAAGUCGAAAAAUAAACACUCAUCACAAGAAGCUAUGCAGCGAGCGACGCCAAGUGGUGAGGCCAGCGACAUGUACAGCAGUUCGAGCGCCAUGUCCCUCGCGACGCGAACGUUGCUCAGUCAGCUGCAGGACGAUGGCUCAUCGAGCAACGAUUCUUCUUUUGCCCUUAAAACUAAAAUUUGUGAAAAAUUAAAAGAGAACGACUCUAAACUUGAUAAGUCUGAGUGCGAAGCAUUGACGAAAGCGAAAGAAAAACUGUCUGAAAAGGUAGCUGAAGCUAUAUCACAACGGAAGCGAAUAGACAUAUAUAGCACGGCAAUCACAACUUCUGACAUAAACUUGGACUCGUUCUCGUAUCUUGACGAGGGAAUGAUGGCUGGGGACGACGUGUUCGCUACGGAAGAGUCCAAGCGCGAGUCUCGGCGGGCGGACACGCUUGACGACCAGCUAAGCCGAUUAUUAGGCGAGGACUCGGCCAACUCGACUGACUCACAAACUGUAAGUGAAAGUAUGCCUUUAAAUAAAUAA